UAGUCAUAUACCUACACUAUAAUAUAUCUCCCUCCGUUUCUUCUCCUUCUCUCUGUAGACCACAAAUGAAUUCCGGAAAGACGCCCUUUAGAUGACGACACCCUUUACCACUGCCAUCAUAAUUCUCCUCACUGCCCUCGCCGUAUCUUCUCUGACACCCUCAGCCAAUGCACUUGGUGGCUCCGCCUCCACGGUGGCCGUUGUUUACGGUUCUGCCACCACUAUCUGCACCAUAAUUGCCCAGCAACCCCUCCAACAAAUUCAAUGCUGGCAGAACGGUCAGCUGCUGCCACCUAUCAUCCCUAACACCUCCUUCGACUACAUCGCCGGCGGCCGUGACACCCUCUGCGCCACCCGCUCCGGUGGGUUCAGUCUUCUCUGCUGGAACACCACCUUCAACUCGAAAAGGCUGUACAACAAUUAUUCAGCUCCGUUAACUAGUCUAACAAUUGGUGACACUCAAAUUUGUGGUCUAACAAACAUCAGUUCAGGGCAGAACGUCAUUUGCUGGCGAGGAAAUGACAUAUCAUCCUCUCCCACCCCAAAUGAGACAUUGAGAUUUCGCGCAAUUUCAUCCGGGUUGGGAUUUUCUUGCGGAGUUGUUGAGGGCGCUAAUCGAGUUUUGUGCUGGGGCGAUGACAGUGUUUCUCUCUCCAUACAAUCGGCGUUCUCAAAAUUUUCAAUGUUGAAUAUUCAGGUUGGUGGAAGACAUGCCUGUGGAAUGGAUAAUUCAGGAUUUGUGAUUUGCAAAGGAAAUAAUAACAAUGGUCAGUUGGAUGUGCCAUCAAAUUCAUCAUACGAGUACAUUGGGCUAGCCCUCGGGUCGAAUCACUGUUGCGCAAUCAGAAGAUUGAACCGAACGGUUGUUUGUUGGGGCGGGAACGGUGAAUUUUCGAGUAAUGAUACUGAUGGGAUUUCAUUCGAGUCUAUCGUUGCAGGAUUGAAUUUUACUUGUGGAUUGACAACAAGCAAUUUUUCAGUGAUUUGCUGGGGUCCUGGUUGGCCUUAUUCUUCUGGGAUUGAGCUUCCUUUGCAAAAGUCUCUUCCGGGGCCAUGUUUGGAGACUCCUUGUGAAUGUAAUAUAUAUCCUGAAUCUCAAACACUUUGUUUUGGAAAUGGUCAUAUUUGUAGGCCUUGCGAUACAAUUUUAAUUCCACCGCCGAUUUUACCACCAUCAUCACCACCAGUUACUAGUCCUCCCCCUUCGAGGAGACUCCGAAGGGGUUUAUUAGCGUUUGCGAUUGUUGGAUCAGUUGGGGGUUUUGCUGGGAUUUGUACUGUAAUUUAUUGUUUGUGGACCGGUGUUUGUUUUGGGAAGAAGAAAAUUCACAACUCGGUGCAGCCCACUAUUACUGGUGCUAAUGCUGCUCCGCAGUCUAAUAGUAGCCCACCUUCGAGAUCAUCAACUCUUCGGCGCCAGGGGUCGAUUCUCAUGAGACGCCAGAGGAGUGGAACUUCAUCAAAACAUGCAGACAGGGCAGAGGAGCUUUUGUUUUCGGACCUGGCUUCUGCCACUAAUAAUUUCUCUUUAGAGAACAAGAUUGGUGCUGGGAGUUUUGGGGUUGUAUACAAAGGCAAACUUCCUGAUGGGCGCGAAGUUGCCAUCAAAAGAGGUGAGACGAGUCCAAAGACGAAGAAAUUUCAAGAAAAGGAGAGUGCGUUUGAAUCAGAACUGGCAUUCUUAUCGCGGCUUCAUCACAAGCACUUGGUGAGGCUGGUUGGUUAUUGUGAAGAAAGGGAUGAAAGGCUUUUAGUUUACGAGUAUAUGAAGAAUGGAGCUCUUUAUGAUCAUUUACAUGACAAGAACAAUGCACAAAAGAGUAGCAGUGCAGUGAAUUCUUGGAAAAUGAGGAUCAAAAUUUCACUAGACGCUGCUCGUGGCAUUGAGUAUCUACAUAAUUAUGCAGUUCCGCCCAUAAUUCAUCGCGACAUUAAGUCCUCAAACAUAUUGCUCGAUGCAAACUGGACGGCACGAGUGUCUGAUUUUGGCUUAUCCUUAAUGGGACCAGAAAAUGUUCGUGAUUAUAGACCAAUGAAGGCGGCUGGGACAGUUGGUUACAUUGAUCCAGAGUAUUACGGACUAAAUGUAUUGACAGCAAAGAGCGAUGUUUAUGGCCUUGGAGUAGUGUUACUCGAACUUUUGACAGGGAAGCGAGCAUUAUUCAAGACGGGUGAAAAUGGGGGUGAACCAAUAAGCGUGGUAAACUAUGCAGUACCAGCAAUCAUGGCCGGAGAAUUGGCCAAAAUAUUGGACCCUCGGGUUGGUCCGCCGGAUAUAAACGAAUCCGAGGCGGUGGAACUGGUGGCGUUCACUGCUAUGCAUUGCGUGCAUUUAGAAGGUAAAGAUAGGCCUAGCAUUACAGACAUUGUUUCUAAUUUGGAGCGAGCAUUUGCUCUAUGUGAUGAUAGCCAUGGCAGCAUUUCUAGUGGCCCAAUAUCCAUUGUUUCAGAUUGAAAUUUAGACAAAAUCAAUUCUUUCCCUUCAUGUUUUCUGUUUUUUCUUUUUAUUUUUUGAGGUAUAAUUCAUGUUGUGAAUAAUUUGUAGUGUGACUGUAGAGUAACAUGAGUUGUAACUUAGGAUUCUUUGUAGAAUGCUAACGAACGAAAUUUUUUACUUUCGUUUA